AAAGCAAAUGGAGCGCUGAUGAAGAUGCGAGACCAGGUGGUUGGUCAGAAGGAGGUACUGCGGGAUGUGACGACACGGGAGAGCCAGCUGAAGCGUCAGCUCGGCUCCAAACAGGAGAAACUGGCCAAGUUCAGCCUGCAGCACCAGAACAAACUCUCCGCAGCCAGGGAGACGUCUGCAGUCACCAGGAAGGAACAGGAGAUGUACCAGCCCUGUAUGCAGGAACUGGAGAGGAACAUCAUGGAAAUUGAGAUGCAGAAGGGCCAGUUGGAAAAACAGCUUGCAGAGAAAGAUGAAAACCACCAGGGUGUGAUGGACACCCUGACAGAAAGAUACAAGGAGCUUCUCAACUCUCUGGAUCACUAUCACUCCAGAAUUGUUCAAGUUUGGGAGAAAAAUCAGCCCAUGGAAGAAGACUGAACAAGACUAGGAGCCCAUUCAGUGCCUCUUUGAUAAAGCUGAUCAUUAUAGAGUGUUUUUACUUUUAGUUGUAUUUAGCUAUUCUGAAAGAGUUUCUAGUAGAACAUGUAAAUGAGUAGUAUUUCAUGUACAAAGACAGGUAGUAUUUUAACCUAGACUAUGUAUCUCUGUGUGUGUAUGUUAUACAUGAGUAUGGCAUGCAUGAAAUUAAUCUGUCUUAGGAUGCACUAAAACCUGCUUUUAACUGAAACAUCUGAAAUUUUGUCUUGUUAAAAUUCAUGAUGUUUUUGUUUAUUUUAUGUCUAAUUGUUUGUUUUGUUAUCGUUUACUGUCAACACAUACAAUGUACAUAAUGUUUUCCUCACACACAACUGAACAUCAUCUAUGGCAGAUAAGACUGCAUGUUCUAUUCCUUGUACUCUAGUGCAUCUUAUACAGUAUAUGGUAUUGGUUCAGCAACAUAUAGAUCCCCAAAAUUACCUAGAGUUAGAGCAUCCUAAUAAAGUAAUUCUCAGAAGUGACCCUGAAAUAAAUUAGAUGUGAUGACAAAUUUCU